UUUAAGCAGCAUACCACACAGACAGCGGGAGAGAGAGAGAGAGAGAGAGAGAGAGAGAGGAAGGAAGUGGAGAUCAUGGAAAAAAACCAUCAUCUUCCGCUUUAUGUGACAAAGUCAGCAAAGGCACGUAUUCCUUUCCACUUAUUUGCAGUUUCACUCUUCGUGGGUGUAUGCUUCAUCUUUGUAUAUAGAGUGAGCAAUAUACCAUCAGAAGAAGAAGCCGGAAGGUGGGCUUGGAUAGGAUUGUUUCUCUCAGAGCUCUGGUUUUGCCUUUAUUGGUUUAUUACUGUAAUUGUCCGAUGGAAUCCCAUCUACCGUUGCACUUUCAAAGAUCGGCUUUCUCUCAGAUACGAAGAGGCUUUGCCGGGCAUAGACAUAUUCGUAUGCACCGCGGACCCCAUGAUAGAACCACCAGCUAUGGUGAUCAACACAGUUUUAUCAGUCAUGGCUUAUGACUAUCCACCUCAAAAGCUAAACGUUUAUCUUUCCGACGAUGGUGGUUCCGAUUUGACGUUCUACGCGAUGGUGGAAGCCUCAAGUUUCUCAAAGAUUUGGCUUCCCUUUUGCAAGAAAUUCAAGAUAGAACCAAGAUCUCCGGAAGCUUAUUUCCGAACAGCUGUUGAGCCACUUGAGGAUAAUGUCAUGGCCAAGGAGUGGUCCUCCAUCAAGAAAUCAUAUGAAGGCAUGAAGAAACGGAUUGAAACCACCACAAAGCUAGGCCGAAUUUCCGAAGAAAUACGCAAACAACACAAGGGAUUCAGAGAGUGGAAUUUGGUUGCAAGCCGACGUGAUCAUCAAACCAUUCUUCAAAUGCUUAUCGAUGGGAAAGACCCCAAGGCUGUAGACAUUGAAGGACAACCUUUGCCAACCUUGGUAUAUUUAGCACGUGAAAAGAGACCACAAUACCACCACAAUUUCAAAGCAGGAGCCGUGAAUGCACUGAUAAGGGUGUCAUCGAGGAUUAGCAAUGGCCCCAUAAUUCUUAUUUUGGAUUGCGACAUGUAUUCAAACAAUUCGGAGUCAGUGAGGGAUGCUGUGUGUUUUUACAUGGAUGAAGAGAAGGGUCACGAAGUUGGCUUCGUACAGUUUCCACAGUCCUUCGAGAACCUUACGAAGAACGACGUCUACGCCAGUUCCUUGAACGUAAUAAUGGGGGCAGAGAUUCCAGGAUUUGACGGGAAUGGAGGACCAUGCUUUAUUGGUACUGGGUGCUUUCACAGAAGAAACACUCUUUGUGGACAGAAGUAUAGUGAUCAGGAAUGUAAGGCAAACUGGAAGGGACGCGAUGACAUUAAAAUAGAAGAGAGCGCGAGUCAUGUCCUAGAAGAUACUUCCAAAGUCCUUGCAAGUUGUACCUAUGAAGAGAAGUACACCCAAUGGGGAAACGAGGUGGGUUUGAAGUAUGGCUGUCCAGUGGAAGAUGUCCUUUCGGGACUCGCUAUACAUUGUCGAGGUUGGAGAUCCAUAUACUUCAAUCCAGAAAGGAAAGGCUUCCUCGGACUUCCUCCCACAACAUUACUGCAAUCACUUGUACAGCACAAAAGAUGGAGUGAAGGUGAUUUUCAGAUCUUUGCCUCAAGGUACUGCCCCUUUGUGUAUGGGUACAAAAAGAUUCCCCUCAAACUUCAACUUUCUUAUUGCAUCUAUUUGCUAUGGGCUCCAAACGGCUUUGCCACGCUGUACUAUGUUGCAGUACCUUCCCUGUGCCUGCUUAGAGGCAUCUCCUUGUUUCCUAAGAUUUCGAGCGCAUGGGUGCUACCAUUUGCAUUCGUCAUCAUUUUCCACCGGGCAUACAGCCUUGGAGAAUUUAUUUGGUUUGGGGGGACAGUUCAAGGUUGGUGGAAUGAUCAAAGGAUGUGGCUCUUCAGAAGAAUUAGUUCCUUCAUCUUUGGCUUUCUUGACUACAUUCUAAAACUAGUGGGAUUUUCAAAGUCUGCCUUUGUCGUCACGCAAAAGGUGGCCGACGAUGAUGUAUCGGAGAGAUACGAGCAAGAGCUUAUGGAGUUUGGUGCUUCUUCUCCAAUGUUUACCAUUAUAGCUACACUUGCGUUGCUAAACGCAUUUUGUCUAGUUGGAGGAAUGAAGAGGGUGAUUUAUAUGAUGGACGUGCAAACUUUGGUUUCAGAGCCAUUUACGUUGCAGAUUCUUCUUUGUGCUCUCCUGGUUCUAAUCAACUUGCCUGUUUACCAAUGUCUCUUCCUAAGGAAAGACAAGGGCAGGAUGCCAACGUCCGUAACUCAACGGUCAUUUAUGUUUGCAAUAUUGGCUUGUGCUUUAGCCAUGUAUUAAUUAAGUGCUGCCAAUAGCUAGCUCGGUGCCCAGAAAAAAUUAUGCUUCAUGCAUGCAGUAAACAAAUACUGGAAGGAACAAUUUCUACUUACAGAUCAUAUAAGGCCGGGCAUAUAUAUAUAUAUAUAUGCUGAUACUUUCGAUGGGAACUCUGAUAUUCUGUAAUAUAUAUUCAUAAUGGUGUUUAUUAUAUUCAAUUCAAGAUCAUUAUUUUGA